AUGUCGCUGCCUUCCCUACCCACCGCGUCUUUCCUCUUUCUCACUUUGACCGCUGCAUUCUCAGCCCAAAGAUCAAAUGGUGAACCAGGGUUCCUUUCCUUCGUGGUGUCAGCUUACGUGCUUCUGGUGCUCUUCCUCAUCUCCCUUCAUUGGUUCGAAACUGUGCCCCACAGAGAUGCCGCUACAAAGAUCAAGGGGAAGGCGCUAAUAACCAUUCUUGCUACGUCUCUAAACCUCUUGUUCUCUUGGAGGGUAUCGUCACAACUGCCAGCAGGGUUCGCCGCGUUCAUCUGGGCUGUCGCCACAACCACCGCCGGAGCUGAAUUCUAUCUUCUCUUCUAUCUGAAAGAAGUGUAA